AUGGUCGACUGCCAGAUCAGUGAUGCACUGAUGAUGGCUAGUGACAGACUGGUACAAGAAACAGGUUUUCUUCGUGGUUCUGUGUGGACUCGUGGUGCGAUGAGGCGUUGGAAGAAGUCUGAGGGGAAGGAUGACGAGUCAUUCCUCAGCUCAGGCGCACUAGAACAUUUAUGUCCCCACCCUAACGGUAACCAAGCCAAGUUUUCUGAUGUCCUCACGUCAUUACAUGAUUACUUUUUUGGCGAACUUGCUGGACGUCAUUUCCAGCGAUGGCCUGACCCGCUCGCUGGUGCUAGGGCCGUUCACGUCCAUGUUUACGAGGGGUUCAGGGGACCAGACUCUACGAAUCCCAUGGCAUAUGCAACACCAUGA